GUUGUUUCCGGUUCACAGUGACGUCACGUGUCUUUUCCGUCAUAAAUAGUCUCUGUGCUUAGUGUUUUUGCAAGAUGUCAUACGCAUAUUUAUUUAAAUAUAUUAUUAUAGGAGACACAGGUGUUGGCAAAUCAUGUUUGCUGUUGCAGUUUACAGACAAGAGGUUUCAACCAGUCCAUGAUCUUACUAUAGGUGUGGAGUUUGGAGCUCGUAUGAUUACUAUUGAUGGGAAACAAAUCAAACUACAGAUCUGGGACACAGCUGGUCAAGAAUCAUUCCGCUCUAUCACACGGUCCUAUUACCGGGGAGCUGCAGGUGCUCUGUUGGUGUAUGACAUCACACGACGUGAUACCUUCAACCACUUGACUACAUGGCUUGAAGAUGCCAGACAACACUCCAACUCUAACAUGGUCAUCAUGUUAAUAGGAAACAAAAGUGAUCUGGAGGCUAGACGGGAAGUGAAGAAAGAAGAGGGAGAGGCUUUUGCUAGAGAGCAUGGUUUGAUAUUCAUGGAGACGUCUGCCAAGACGGCGGCUAAUGUGGAAGAGGCAUUUAUCAACACUGCAAAGGAGAUCUACCAGAAGAUUCAGGAUGGAGUCUUUGACAUUAAUAAUGAGGCUAAUGGAAUCAAGAUUGGCCCUCAGCACUCACCUUCUGGUCAAAACAUGCCAUCUGGUGGUGGAGGUGGGAACCAAGGCGGCGGAUGCUGUUAAGACUAUUUAACAAUAUUGAACCUUGACUGUUCCCAAUCAAGGGAAGCAACUCUAAAUGUGUUGGAACAUGCACACUGGUGGAAUGUACUAAAUUUUAAAACGAAAAGUGUUUGUAGUGAUUGGAGUAAAUGUUUUGGCUGGCUGAAAAGCUGAUAUAAAUAUCUGUAUGUUGACAAAUGUACAUUAUGUAGAUGUCAUAGUUGUUCUUACUGCAACACUUAUAUAUUCUGUUCACAUCUCAUUGUCAUAAUUCCUUGUAUGUGCAGCACAGCUGUUUUCAUUUCUUGUAGUAGCGUGUAUUUUCGUUUGUUUAUGUUCCAUUAAAUUAUAUUUGUUGUGUUGAACUAUUUCUUGAAAGUCAUACAUCUAUAUUACUGCAUCAGAUGAGGAACUGUUUUUUAAAGCUUUUUUCUUUCCUUUUGAUGUGGAAAAAUAAUUUUACAUACUGUAUUUAUGGGUAUGGUGGGAUAUAUGUAACAGAUACAAAAAACACCUGAAAAUGUCUUGUUCUUUAUUGAAAAAAAAAAGUUCACUGCUACCACUAUUUUUUAAGACCUUGUUCCGUGGUCAUUUUCAUCUGGUCUAAGAAAAUGAGCUUUUUUCUCCUUCUUUUUUAAUAAAAUCUUUCACUAGUAGGCCUAACAUUUUUAAUUCAGUUGCUAAUCAUGUCUGUGUAGAGUGGUCAUUAAUCUUUCUCUGGCAUGUUAUUGCAGCAAAAAACGAAUUGAUGAUGGGCAUUGCAAUACUGACUUUGUACAAUAUAUUAUCUCAUAAUAGUACAGCUUAACUUUCUCAACCACAGACUGGAAUAAGCCUGUUGACUGAUUAUUCUUAUACAUGUGAUCUCACUUAAUUGAAUAUUAGUUGUCUCCCUGUUAGCAUUUACUGUUGUAUCUGUACAAAAUAACAUUAGCUGGAAGUAGGGCCAAACAUUUAUGAUGAACUCUGUUUAAGCUGGAUUUUGUGGGACCGACAAAAGGUUCUGAGAUUUAUGCAGUACCAGGUUAGAAAGAUUUACUCAAAUUAUUAUUCUUGAUGUCGCUUUAGUCAAAAACCAAGUGUACAAGUGUAGAAACAAACAUUUUUCUUUCAAUAAAGUGUAUGUUCUUGUUCAUUUGAGUAAUAACUUUAUUUUCCAAGAAACAGAGCAAUAAGUAGAAAUGUGACAUAAUAUAGUGCUGACAGAACUUUUUUUUAACCUGUUAUUUUCAAGAUGACCAAAUAUAAGAACAGCCAAUGACCCAAUUGAGUGAGAAAUGCAUGCAGACCAGACAUUUACUUUUGAUCCCAAAAGUUCAUAGUAGGUGAUGGGCAGCAACUUUAACCUUUAGACUACUGGAUUAAUUUUUGACAAAAACAACCUUGAGUGGGUGCAAGUUUAUAAAUUUACUCAAAUAUAUUCACUGCAACGAUUGCUGCCAUCACUCUCACCUAUAUUUCAUGCUUACAAUUGUACACCUCACCCUGUCUGUUGUUCUCAACAUGCCUCUCAGUUUCAAAGAUCAUGAACAUGUUGAGUAUACAAUAUGUGAUUACAAGAGGGUUAAGACUUUUAUCUUUUAUUCAGCCUUUGAAGACCGAUUAAGUGUUGAAUUGCUCAUGAAUUACCUGCCGUUGUUCAACUGUUGAUCUUUGACGGACUGAUAGUGUGACUGAACAGUGUGCAAAUAUAGACAACAAUGCUAAUUAUUAUUAAUUGGUCAUUAAUUCUGCAGUAGGCAACAUUUAUUUGAUGCAGAUCUUAGACCAGCCUCAAUAGUGUAGUGGUUAAGUCAUCAGACAUGAGGCUGAUAGAUACUGGGUUCAACUUCCGGUAUUGUCUCCAACCCAGUGUUAGUUUAACAACUCAUUUUUCUUCACUAACUACUAGUACAAACCCAUUGUCCUGGACACAGCCCAGAUGAGGUCUGUAUCCAGGACCGCGUGCUUGAUCCUUAAUUGGAUAUAAGCACAAAAUAACUAUAACUGAAUGAAUGCUGAUCUUAGCACAUAAGAAUUAACUGUCACUGUAGAAAGUUGAGAUGGUGUAGAAUUACGGAUGUAAGACACAAAUUCCACAGCAAUCCCAGUUGCACAGAUGCCCAUUUUGAUGGAAUCCACUAUUCUUGAAUGAACCUAUUAAAUAUAUAUAUAUAUAUUGUCAGCAACUCUAGAGUAACCUAAUUACAGGGAAAUCAGUUAUUUGUGAAAUUCAGGUACAAUUUGUCAUGCCAAUAGUGUACAGACUAAAAAUAAUUUUGAAAUAAUGUUUCCAUAAUGUUUAUUUUCCUUUAAGAUCUUUGAACACCCAUUUUGCUAGAUGAAAUCCAAAUUAACAUAAUUUGUAGGUUCAGUAUGUUUCACAUUCGUGCAGGGGUUGUGAUACCAGAUUAACUCUUGAUGCUGCUACUUCCAUAUUAUAAACCAAACAUAAAUGAAAUCUCACAACCCAUUACUCAAGUAAUAUGCUCUAAAUAAAUCAUUUUGCAACUCAUUAUCCAUUGGAUCAAACUUUUCUCUACAUUUAUUAAAAACUGUGACAAAGUGCAUCUCUUAACUCAAAGAUAUUAUACUUAGAUUGGAUGUAAUAUUUUAAAAUGUUUUGGAUUGGGGUUGCUUGUAAUGUUACAUGGCAUUGUAAACUAAACUAAAAGGCGUUUUAAAUGCUGUAUAAAUAAUAUUGAAUUUUUCACGCUAGGCACACCUGUUGGGUUGUUCCACAAAUUAUUUUGCUUUAACUUUGAAAACUCAUGAACAUAUUGCAAUUCACUUUUUGUUGAUGUCUCUCUCUCUCUCUCUCUCUCUCUCUCUCUCUCUCUCUCUCUCUCUCUCUCUCUCUCUCUCUCUCUCUCUCAAAUUGAUUUACAGGAAACAACAUGUUUUUAAAAUAUUUGAACUAGCCGGUAGUAAAAUUUUUAUGGAUCUGGUGCAAUAUUUUAAUUCUCUAAUUUCAAAUAAACAUGGUUAAAGCAACAUAUGGUAAAACAUAUAUUGGAGAGGCACAUUAACUAAAAAAAACUGAUUAUGUGGAUGUGCCUAUUUGAAUUAUUUUAAUUUAUUGUCAUAUUGUGAAGCCUUGGAAAGAGUACUGAAUGUAUUUAUUUGAAAAUUAAUAUUUAGUUGUGCCCAACUACACUCGGCAACUGGAAUAUUAGAUUACUAAUGAAAUAUUUUGUCAAAUAAAUUUACAUCUAAGGGCUGAACGUUUGUUUGUUGGUAUUUGUUAACUAUGUAUCUGUUUUCCUCUUCAUUAACAUUAAAACUCAACUAAUACAUCUUUAAUUAAUACAUGUGCUAACUGACUACCUUGAUAGUGUCUAUCAGCAGUACGUUUUGUGCAACUUUUAGACUUUCUAAAGAUAUUUCAAUGUGGAAAAGACUUCUUAAUUUAUAGGUAACAUAUUGUUUGAGCAGAUGAAUGGAAAUGUUCUAAAGAUUGUGUCUGAUGAAAAUUGGGUUAAUCAGUAAUUAUUGGAAAAAGGCAGAUGUUUGUACAUGUAUAUUGGUAUUGGGGGUCAGUAAUAAUGUAUGCUCCCAAAGUCCAAACUUUAAUUAUAGAUGGCAGUAUAGAUUUUUUUUUAAAUAACAUAUUAGCAAAACAGUGUCAACAAAAAGCUGCAGUCAAGAGUAUCUGAUGUUUGUAUUGUUAGAUUGAACUUUAUAGCUAAGCUAUAGGAAUGUGGAUAUAUUGCUAUAUUUCAUUGGGCCAUAUGUGAUACAUGCUUCUGCUUUUCAUCAUGGUUUUAAGUUCUCACUAUUGGAAUCAAUUGAGUUAUUGGUGAUUGUCUCAGAAGGUUAGAUACACAUUUCUUUUCUGCCAGAGGUGACGAUAAAAUCAUUUGCAUGUAGCUUUAUUUGUUAAAACUUUCUAGACUAUUCAGAGACUUUGGUCAUGGUUGCACCUCUGAAUGUGUUGAUGCAUGAUAAACAAAACCUUAAAGGAAAUUCCAAGGAUUUAUUGUUGAUGCAUUGGUGACAUUAGAACAUGCAACCCUAAAUUCCAAGUCGGAGAUAUUUUAAAAAAAUAUGCCAAAGUUAUAUUUAUAAAAUUAUAAAAACCUGAUACUUUUUUAUUUUGGUUUUUAAAAACAAUCUGCUUUAUCUUUUGGUGCUAAAAAUACAAGAAGUUUGUUUGACCUGAUAUGUGUUCUGCAUUAGUUAAUCAUCCACACAAUGAUCACACAAAUGUAUUUCUGAACAGUCUGUUUUAUGUCUCCUUGAAUUUUGCAUCAUGAAAUAUUAGCAUUUUGCAUAGCCUCGCUAAAUUCGCUAAUAUUUUAUGCUCCCUAACAUUUCCUGAUUUACAGUAUAUUGGUGUGUGUUUGUGUUGGGACACCUACACUGUCUAUGAGCACCCAUGCCCCUCCCCAGCUACACCAGUGGUUUUAGCCACUGCUGCUCCAAAUGUGCUGCCUUUUAGUGUGUCGAUUAUCGAUUUGUUCAACAUAAUUUUGAAUGAUAAUUAAACAUUUUUUUAUAGCAAUUCAGUUCAAUAUAAAAUAUUUUGAGUUUGGCAGAAAUCUUGUUUUGGAAGUUCAGAACAGUUGAUCAUAAAGGUAUAGCAGGUGAAAAAAUGUUUUUAUUGUUUUAGCUCCGUUUCUGAUUUCACUGUGUGUCUAAUGCUUAUGACUCGUAUUUGCAUUAAUAAAUGUUUAAUGUUUGUAUACAUAAUCUAUGAACCAUAGUUCUAGACUAUACAUUAUCCUUACAUGUGCAUGAUUUCUCAUUAGAGUUAUUCCUCCUUUUUCACCAUGCAUUGUUUAGACCCUACUUGUGCAUCAAACUCAUUAGAUAGUAUUUGAUAGACUUUCAGUUUGGUGUGCAUCCAUUACGAACCCAAAAUUAAUAAUUUACUCUUAAAAUUUGGUUUAGGGUAAUUGAUGAGAUGGGCUGGACUUAAUGGAAAUGAUGAUACUGUAAUUUUAAUGUUUAUUUUUUAUUAUGUACAACUAUUGUCAGUUAUUCACCAAAUGCCAACUCAUGUAAAAAAAAUAUGAUAUUAAACAGUGACAUCUAAAUCAUGACAACAAAAUAUCUGAACUUUAUGUACUAAGCAUUCCAUGUUUAUUGUGUGUGCAUUUGCAUGUUUUAAAAAAUUAGGCAGUUUUUGUUUGCAACUUCAUGUAAAACCACAUAAAACAUUUAUCCUUUGUUAUUUCUUAUUUUGUAUUUAUAACAAAUUAAAAGUAUAACUAGUUUUUACAUAUGCAGUUUGGUAAGCCUACUCAGCUAUAAGAGUUACAGCUAUGUAAAAAAAAUUCUACAUCAGAGUAUGCGAUACCAUUUAAAGGUUUGAUAUUAGUAGGGAAUGGUGCCUGACAUUACCUUCAAGUGUUUGCCUAUUAUAAAACACACUAUUUAUUUGUCAUUAUUUCAUUAUGGGAAGGAAUGAGGUGAGAGCUGGUAGAUCAAACAAAUUUCACAGAUCAACCAAUCAUGAAUAAUACGAUAAUGUACAUUGUCAUGAUUUUGCAUAUAUACAAGAGUAUAUAAGAAGAGUAAUAAAAGUUUUUUUUGGUUCCUGUCCUGGACAGAGGAGCUGGCUGAGGCAUGUUAAACCCUAUGACCUGACCUGACCUGACCUGACCUGACCUGACCUGUUUCUUUGUAAAAAUAUUUGUUAGAUGUGCUUAAAAAUAUUAUGGGCACAUAAUGUAUGUUUCUUUUGCUUUAAAAUGCACGUUAUUGAACCUGUAUAUAAAAUCCACUUGUAUAUUAAGACAAAAGUGUUACAGUAGUUAGUGUGGUCUUUAUAUAUAUAUUUUUUUUUUUUCAUCAUGGAUAGCCAACCAAUUCAGUUUUAAAAUCACUUUGUUUAUCAUGGUACAGAAUAUACUUUGUCUAUUUUCUAUGAAAACAAAUUAGCUUAGAGCAGGGUGGCUUUAACCUUUGCACAUGAACCAAAAACAAAUUCAGGUACUCCAUUUCUUUUUGGCAAUAAUCCAUCAUCUAAAUUUUAUGUGCAAACAAAAAAUGAGUUACGCAGAAUAAGUCUUGCAUGUAUGAUGCAUGAACGAAACCAUUAUUCUCGCAGUAUUCAGAUGUCUCAUCUCAGUAUUUCAGUUUCUGUAUGGGACUACAUAGCAGUGCUUUGCUCCAUAUUUGCCUGGGUACAUAGAAUCUGUAAUUCCUGCUGUGUAAUAUCUGCACUCACUAUAUACAUUUUGUGGAGCAUUAGAUGGAAUGGAAAAUAGCCCAUGGUAGAUGCUUUACUAUACUUGAGUUGCGUCUAACUUCAAAAAUGAAACAAACUUUUUUUUUCCUUUCUUAACUAGGGUCUACCAUUUUUCAGACUGAAAUUAUUUUAUUGGUCAUGCAUGUUAUAUAUUUAAAUAAAAGCCAAUAUAUUUUUCUUAUUAGCUGAAAAAUAAGAAUUAGAAUAUUGUUGUAUACCGUCUUUGUGAAUUCAUCUAUCAACUGAUUAGAAUAGCUGCACUGUUUAUUUUAUUUACAAAUUAACCGAUUCUCAAACCAGAAACAAAACUUGGAUUUUCAAUCUGAUUAAAAUUUGAUCUUACCACCACUGGAGUUCUUCUUUAAUAAAUAUUAUGUCAGCCAAUGCCAUUUUAUGCCCGGUGACCUUUCAUCGUGAACAGCUAUUUGGUGUUGGUUAACCCUUUCCACACUGUUAACCACCCUUCACUAACAGCAGUGUGUUGAAUAUUGGGAGGGCAAGACUGUUGGUGGCCAUUUGGAGCGUGUUUACAAUACAAUACAUGCACUCAAUCCUAUAAAAAAAAAGUUUGUUUUAUUUAACGACGACACUAGAUCAAUCCUAUAUAGAAAUUACAUGAGUUGUUGAAUAAAUAUAUAAUAGAAGGUUAAGAAGCUACAUGACUUUUUGAACAAAUAAAUAUUUAAUUAGAACGUGGGUUUCUAUGGACAUUUUACCCUGGUUCUAUACAAGAUCAAGAUGUCACUGGAGUAUUAUUAUUUGUGUAACAAAAUUAACAAUAUUAAUGACAGUCAUGGGUGGAUAGUAUAAUGAAGAGCUUUUGUAGGGUCUCUUGGACUUCCAAGACUGACUGGCAGUAAGAUCUUAUUUUGAAUUAGUUGCAUGACAGUUUUCAGACUGAAUAAUUCAUGCAAGUAUGUUGUUACGGCAAUAAAGGGUUUUCAAAUGAA